AGUAAACGCGAAGAAAAAAAGUGCGUUUUUUUACCAGACAGCUGGAUUUCCCCCUAUUCUCAUAGCAACACCCUUUUAAUUUUUUAGGAUGCACAACCCCUGAAGAAAUGCUGAUUGGCUGGGGUACAGCAUAAAUACUAGCAAGGAGGCGGAACUACAACACAGCAGACUAGAAAGCUGCAGAAGUACAGUAGCUGGUUUAUUCAAGUGCGCAAUAAGGUUCACGGGUUCUCGUCGGAGCUGGUCAGGUGAAGAUCGAAAAGAAGAGGUAACCAUGUCGAUGACAGUGAAAGCCUAUCUCCUUGGGAAGGAGGAUAUCCACAAGGAGAUCCGCAGGUUCGCCGUCGAUCAAGAAGUGUCCAGCAGCUUUGAGUACUUAACUCGAAAAGUGGCCGAGGUUUUCCAAAGCCUCAGGAAUGCCACUUUCCAGAUGUACUAUAAAGAUGAGGAUGGCGACUUGAUUGCUUUCUCCUCUGAUGAUGAACUGAUGAUGGGACUUGCUUGUAUAAAGGACGAUACUUUUCGAGUCUUCAUUAAAGAGAAGAAGGAGUGCAAGCGGGACUUUCACCCCCAUGGAUUCCAGGGUCCUGAUCGCCCCUUCCCUUUCCCCUUCUCCUUCCAAUCCCCUCCCCCCUCCCAUAACGCCGUGCACCCCAACGUGACCUGCGACGGCUGCGAGGGCCCAGUGGCUGGGACGCGCUUCAAGUGCACCGUCUGCCCCGACUACGACCUGUGCUCGUCCUGCCAGGCCAAGGGGCAGCACAAGGAGCACCCCAUGCUCCCCAUCUGGGCUCCCCUGCAAAACAUGUUUGAAUGGUACCCGCGCGGGAAGUGGAUGCGCAAGAUGAGACAUGGCUUCCCCCACUGCAUGUGGGCUGGAGCCCAGAACAGGCCCCAAGCCAGCCAGGCUGGGCCCCAGCCUACGCCCCAGCCUGAUCCGCAGAACACCCAGGAAGAAGCAGGUCAAACUUCUGUGCACCAGGAUAGUGUGGAUUAUCUGAAAAACAUUGGGGAGGGUGUGGCAGCCAUGCUGAGUCCACUGGGCAUUGAUGUAGACAUUGAUGUGGAGCACAGAGGAUCAAGGACCAAAGUGAACCCAACCCAGCCUGCUUCUGGAGACAUGUCCAGUACCCAGGCUGGAAAAAUAAGAGAGGACAGCCAGCCGAGUGGUGUUGAACCAAUGGACAGUGAGCAGCCAACUGAUGGGCAAAGUAACCUGCAAGCCACCAACAGUGGGGCAAAGGGGCAAAAAGAAACAACCAGUGAUGAGGAGUGGACCCAUCUCUCCCCAAAAGAAGUUGACCCCUCAACAGGGGAGCUGCAGUCCUUCAGGCUGGAGGAGGGAUUUGCGGGGCCCAGUCCCCUUAGUGCUUCUGCACAAGGUCCUACUGGUCUGAGAGAGGCAGCCUUGUACCCACAUCUUCCCCAAGAUGCAGACCCGCGCUUGGUGGAGUCCCUGGCUCAGAUGCUGUCCAUGGGUUUCACAGAUGAAGGUGGAUGGCUCACUCGUCUCCUUCACACCAAGAACUUUGACAUUGGUGCGGCAAUGGAUGCCAUCCAUUUCUCCAAGCCUUCCGCACCACCAAAGAAGUAGACUUUCAACAUGACACCCCAGCAGAGCAAUGGCAGUUCCUACCUUUCGCUUUCCUGUUAAACUUCAGCAGGCAUCACUGACAAUAAUACAAAGUCUCCAGAUCACUUCUUGCACGUACAGUAGGGCUGAAGUUUUAAAAAUGUAACAACUAGGAAAAUAUCCUAGAGUGCUAGACAGCCUACCCGCCGUUUUGGGAGAGAUGUUGUAAUGUCUUUUAUUCUGACCCUUUUCCGACUUUGGCAGGAAAUACCAGACCAUUUUAGCAUCCGUGGGAUUCUGUCAUCUUAAGUAACCCAUCUGAUUUCCAAAUUUGAUUUUAUUUUAAAUGUCCCAACUUUCUGAAAGAACUGGUAGCAAUAUAUACAAAGAACGUUUAUUAUUUUUUGUUUAUGGCCCAAUCACCCUACAUUUUUUUUAACUUCCCUCUACCUUAGAAAAAUGAAAAAGUACAGAUAACGUAACAUUUAGUUAAAAACAAGAAUUGCUUGUACAACAUGUUAUCCUAAUUUAUGACUGUGUAGCCAACUGAAAUGAUCUUACUAUAAUAGUUUAGGUUCUGGUUUCAGAGAUGUGAAAUAUUAUUGCCAGUGAUGUUCAUGAAGUAUUUGCUGAAUUGUGACAAAAUGAGAUGGAGGUUCUGAUUUAUUACAGCUUGAUUGUUUAACAGUCUUAAAUUUAUAUCUGUCCUAGCUUUCGGCAAAAUAAAUUGCUUAUGCAGCAAAA